UAUAUUACGAAAAACAAAGUCAUUGUUUUCUUUCAGUGUGAGUCCUUUAUCAAGUUUUACGUACUGUGUGGCUAUUUUUUCGAACCAGAUGAUCAACUUCUUAAAAUGUUGAAUUAGCGUGUAAUAUUGUAAAUGAGAAAUGUUUAUCGAGCAAAAUAGUAUAAUAAAUAACACGUAAUUUAUUUUUACAUUAUUUUUUUUACAACGGAUUUCAUCGCUUCAUCUUAAUUUUUGACUCGUUUUACAGUGGGUCUCGUAGAGGCGGGGCUUUGGUUUAAGGCGCCUGGCUAUUGGUUGAGAGUUUUGCCAGCACGGCGCUGAUUGGCUCAGACCAAAUACUGAUUUCUUCAAAGAGGGCUGUCAGUCCUCAUGUGGAGCAAAACGGAGCAGUAUCGCAACCAAGCUACUGUUUGAAAAAUGCUGGGGAUGGUCAUUAUUUCUCUUCAUUUUUGCUUUUAGAACACACAACAAGGAGUUUUAGCGUUAGUGCAGAGACUGCCAAGCAAUGCUGUGUUUGGGACACUCCAGCGACUGCUUCCACGUGAUGCGGUCCCUGCAGGACCUGAAGCAGGCGAGCAGGCCCAGGCCGCUGAGCGAGCCGUGCGUCCGCUCCUCCUUCGCCGUCACGCGCCUCUGCAAGCAGCGGACCCUGCAGCAGGAGCGACUGUCUGGUCAACGCGUGUCCGAGGCCAGCGAGGCCAGCACGUACGACUCGGCCUGCUGUCUGGCCAACCCUCUUGAAGAAGAAGACGGGGAGGAAGACCACGAGCGAUUGGCUCAAGGCUCCCCCAGCAGCGUGGACUUUGACUCCGGCUACUCGGAGGCCUCCUGGCAGGAUGAAGGAGUGGUUCUGAGACGGACAAGAAACGUCAGGGUGUCCUCCUCCGCUUGCCUCCGCACAAACACGGGACCUUCAGGUCGGGUGCGACCAAAAUCCACUUCUGACGCUUGCUUGGAGCGCUGGACUUCCUUUGAGGCCAGCGAGCCAGAGGACUGGACAACGUCCUUACUGAGCCGCAGCAGGAACAGGCAGCCUCUGGUUCUAGGGGACAACAGCUUUGCGGACCUCAUCAAGAACUGGAUGGACCUCCCAGAGUGUCCGGAGCAAGCAGAACUAAAGCCCAGUGCUGGGCGACGUCUGGCCAAAGACAUUUUACUCAACAUGAGGCGGAGACUGGCAGGGAUGUCCAAAAGUGUGGAGAUGAGGCAGAGGACAGCAGAGUCCGCUGGGGACGGACGGACUGCUGAGACCCCCAAGCGCAUGUCCUGCCCUGUGGGACUCCAAAGUGUCAAACCUUUUUUCCACCAGUCCCACACGGGCCUUCAUGCACUCGACUCAGACUUCCACCACUUCACCGCCCUCAUGAAGACGGGCAGUCGACAGCCCAUAAUAUGCAACGACAUUAUUGGUUACAUCUGACUCAGUAAACCUUUCAUAUUUAAGGGAUUCACCUUUUGUACAAAUGCAGCAGAGACAAUCCUUUUUUUUACCCAAAAAGUCAAUAAA